AUGGAAGGAAAAGAUGUGUACGGUGUUAGUAAUAAUAAAAUCACCCAUGAAUCUGAAGAUUCGGAGGACUGUCAAAGAAACGAAACGUCAAUCAUGGCAGAAGAAUCGCUGACCAUGGAAUUUUUCCGACGAUUCUCCAAACCUUUGCUAGAAACAAAUUUCAAGGAUUUACGGCAAGCAGUUCUCCAGCUGGUUAGUGAAUCAGUUGCAAACAAACGUGAAAUUCGCGACCUUAAGCAACAUAUCUAUUUGGAAGGACAGAUAUUGGAAGGAUACAAGCAGCAACUCAAGCUGCAAGAGCAGCUGUUUGAAGAAUUUAAACGGAAAUCCGAGCUCACAUCCCAGGAUUGUGCAAAACUUCCGGGUUCCAUAAAUGAGGAGUGCAUGCUAGAAGAGAUGCCUAACAUGCCAGGAACCCGGCAGGCCAAUGACGUGGUUGAAAAUACCGCAGUCAGCCACUCUCCGAAUAGUGCAAGAAACGCAAAUACGGUCGUAUAUGAUUUGGAACUGCCCAAAGCGAGGGAGAACCAAAUCGAGAAACCGAUGGACUUCGAUGACACGGAUAGCUCUGAAUCACAAAGGAAAAAGCUUCAACCAUUGGAUGAAUUUUUGAAUGACACGGACAGUCAAGCUGUAAACGAUGGACGAAAUACUGAGAAAGAUGAAAACGAAUGUGUCGGCGGGGUUCUGAACGAAUCAGCUUCCAAAGGUUCAAAAGAAGGACAAGUUGGUAAUUCAUCAAAAAUGAAAACAGGUUCCUUGAGAGCGGAAUUUCUUAAGCGGUUUUCCAAACCAAUCAAUCAAAUGAAUCGCUAUGACUUGGAACAAUUGGUGUUACAGAAAGUAAGCGAGUCCAUAAUGUAUAAAUCUGAAGUAGCAGAUCUGAGGCGUCAGAUCAGCCGCCAAGAGCAAAUGCUCCAAGGAUUAAGGAGAAAGAUGAUGUACAUGAUCAGUCAUUACGAUGAUUUAAAAACCGUAACGGAAUAUGCGGUGCGGGACUUGAAAAAACGAGCCAAUUCUUUUGUGGCUCCCGUAAAAAUUACUCGUGCCGUUGGUCUGCAAACACCCGAACUAUUUAAUCAGGGCGUGCUACAUCUUUUUCGCUUAGCGCAAAAAAAUCCCAUUGAAGCGUCGUCGCCCAUUGAUAUUAGUACACGUCAGAAAUUCAAAAAACGAUCGAGAGACGCAACUCCAAAAUCCAUGUCUAAUGUCGGUAGUCAGCGUCAAGUUUCAGCAAAACAGAAUCGACAAUCGAUUCCGGGUAACCUACCUCCGUUGAACGCCAUAAAAACGACUUCGUCGAUUACAAACAGCCCAGCGUUGAACGGCAUGGUUCGAGCAAAUAAAUCUCAUGGUGCCAGAUCACUAAACGGUGUUCCAGUCGUAAAUUCUACAACCAACGCAUCCAGUAGGGUAGCAGUACCACCCAUUAACAAAAACGUAAUUACCACAACACCGACGCACACUGCCACUGCUAACAAUACUAUUGUGAAUUCAAAUAGCAAUAGUGAGAGUAAUUUUAACACCAGCGGUUCCGACGACAGUGUGCGGAGAAGGUCCCUCCACAAAAUUACGCCAAUGCGGCCAUAUUUGUCCCCAUACCAGCAAGCGCAACAGGAAAAACAGGUCCGGCAGCAUCAAGAGUUUCUCGUGCAGAUAAUUCACCAGCAAAAUCAACAAGCGCAACGCAAAGCGCAGCUUAAUGCGCAACAGGAUCAUUUAACGGGAGGAAACACCGCCUCUCGGAAUUCAACAGAGGGAGGAACUCCUCGACAACGUCCUGCUUUCAAUAUGCCUCCAGGACGGUUGGUAACAGGCGCCGUACAAUCUAGCAAUACACAAGCUACCACUGGUUGCCCUUCGCGAACUUCAUCCUCCGUUGUAAGCUCCACUACGCCAACAGCAGUGAGCAGAUCAAAAUCAGCAAAUACGACAGUUUCACCAUCGCCAGUUGAUUCAUUAAUUGAUCUUACGGAUGAGGAUGAGUCAACCCGUAAUGCAGAAGGCGUUGUUACGUCUAAGCGACCUAAACUGACUGCUAACGGUACGCAAACAUUAGCAAGCUCCACGCAUUUGACACCUGGAUCAACUGCAGCAGUGGCUUCGAAUCAGUUGGUACGGCUUACCCAAGGUGCAAUGCGACCUCAGCAGCAAGUAAGCACUACUGACGGUGCUGUUCCCGCGGCAAUGAAUGCCACAGCGACGGUUGUGUACCAGCAUAAUGGUUCUGUGGUUCGUACAACGGUACCGAAACGACCUGCUGCAACGAUUUGUCAUCCUACUGGAAUGGCUGGCCAAGCAAAUCAGCGGCCUAGAGUUCCAUCUCCAGAUGUUCAAGGUUUAAUGAAGAAACGAGUGCGGACUAAAUCGCCAUCUCAAAUAAAUAGCGUUCUUGUACCGCUUCCAUCACCGGAACCACAGCCGAGUAAUUCAAUGUGGAAGCUGUCACCACCUCAGCCAACUAUUUGCGUAAAUAACCUGCCUACUGGAAUCGUUAUAUCUUGGUCGAUGCCAACGCUAGGGGACCAGCAUGAAGUCAUUUACAAUUACCAGAUUUAUGCGCAUCAGGAAUCCAACUCGGGAGGAAUGGAUGAAUGGCAAUAUGUUUGCAAUGUACCGGCUAUUGGACCUCAGAUGUUGGCUAAUCUACCGCCGCAAUUCCAGGGUCAGCGUUAUCAUUUUGCGGUGCGCGCUAUUGAUGUGCGCAUGCGUGUUGGAGCAUUCAGCGAACCGCGCACAUGGAACGAUACAAAGGUGUCUAACAAUUAA